ACCCAGAGAGGGACAGCAGAGAAAAUGGACCGAGAGCUUUCCGUACAGACGCAUGUGGUCAGGAAUGUUUCCAUCCCUGCUUCACAAAUGACUUUCUCCAGCCGGGAUCUGGACAGAUGUGGAAACUUCUCUCAGCGCCAGAGGAAGCCGGAUAGAUCAGCCUGGAAGCAGACGGCUGCGGCCGCCAACCCAACAGAUUUGACCUUCCAGCCGGUGAAGAUGUAGUCAACUCGGUUUCCAUGGAGAUGCCUCCAAACGCGGCGCGCUCUGCCUGGUUGCCAUGGUCGCUGUGGUUGAUGUUCGCGCUGACCUCUGACUGCCAGCCGACGCUCUCCGCCCCUGAAGCGGCGAACGCCACGCUGCUGUUCGACAGCGGCGCCGGCCUGCGGACCUGCAGCUGCCCGGCUCCGGUCCCGGACUGCGACGCGGCCCAGGCCGACUCCCGGUGCCGCUGCAGCACCGUGCCGCGGUCGGCCCUGGACCGCGCCAGCCUCGGGCGGACCGUGGCGGUGUGGGUGAGGGAGCUGUGGGUGCUGGAGGAGCUGCUCAACAGCAGCGCCGUCGCUCAUCUGCGGCUGUCGUUCUGCGGCGCGGAGCCGCUGCAGAGCCGGCAGCUGGUUCUGCUCGGGCUGGAGACCCUCAGCGUUCACAGCGCCGCCCCCGGGGCGCCGUACCCCGACCAGGAAGUCAGGGUUUUGCCAUCAGUCGGGUCGGCGCCGGACUUCUCCGCUUCCCACCACAUGAGCUUCGUCGACGUCGGCGUUCUGAACGGACUGUCGGCUCUGAAGGCGUACAGCGUCAUCGGACCGCCGCUUCACACCUUCUCCCAGUUCUUCCCACACCUGGUUUUCCCACUGGAGUCCAAGGAAAACUCCUCAGAACCAUCACAGCAGACGCUCGUCACGUUCGUGUACUGAAGGAGCAGAAUAGUACCGAGAAAAUGUUUCACAUGUGGAUACGAGCACAAACAUUAGCAUGCUCAGCUUGCAUGUUUCUCAUAUUUCCCAUUAGCAUCACUGCCAUUUUUCAAGAUGGCCGCCGUUUUUGAGGGUUUUUUUCUACGAAAGUAUUAGGGCCACAACACCAAGAGAUGAAAUCCAUAAUGUGAGAAUAAAGUCAUAAUGUUUUGACUCUAUUCUAGAAAUUUCAUCAGUUUAUUCUCAAAAUAUUUCAGCUUUAUUCUCAUAAUGUUACGUCCUUUUUGUCUUGAAAUAUUCUGACUCUUUUCUGGUACUAUUGUAACUUUAUUUUCUUUUAAGUUUAUUCUUGUAAUAUUAUGACUAUCCUCUUAAUAUUUUUCUUAGUGUGGCCCUAAUGCUACAUCGUACUUUUAGACCAGUUAUUGCCAUAAAAUGUUACCCAUUUUCAUUAUUUGGAUGAACUUUAUGUCACUUCAUGUUUUGGACUUUUUUCUUCUGUUUAUGCAACUUUAACGCGAUAAUAUGUAGCAAAAUCAGAACUUGCUGUUUGUAAAUCUCAAUCAACUAGAAAAAGAUGUAGAUUUGCAACACAGACUUACAGUCGUCUUAAUGGUUAGCAUUAGCCUCCGCUACUGUAUGUGUUUCACAGCUUAGCGUUAGCUUCCCAUGAUUUGUUUUUAGCAGUUUAGUGUGUUAGCUUCUGGGAAUUUUUUUUAUGUUAGCGUUAGCUUCAGCUGUUUAUUUUAUCUUUAGGAGUGUAGUGUUAGCUUCCAGUUAUUUUUAUGUUCAGCUUUAGCUUCUGAAAAUGUUUAAUGUCUUUAGCAGUUUAGCAUUAGCAUAGCUAAGCAUCUUUUUAGCGAAUUAGAGGCUUGUGAACCUAACUUUGUAGAUAGCUGUGCCCGCUACUGGCAAAAACUACUGCCGAUUUUAGUGCAAAGAUUUUCUCCAUUACAAUCAUGGCGGCCAUUUUGGAAAAUGUCCACCAGAAAAACAAAGCACAAGAUCAAGAAAAUACAAAUGAUUUCAAGUGUUUAAAUUUGACACCAAAUAUAUUUAUCUAGUUGGCAAUUUUAUUGCAACCAUUAAUUUUACAUGACAACCUUGGUAGCCAUUUUGUAAAAUAAAAAAAUAUCAGGAAAUGUGAUUUCUAUAGGUCCAGUUAUACAUGAUUUCACACCAAAAUUAUUUUGCUGUGAUAAAUUUCGGCAAAUUAAGUGCAAAAGUACAUUUUCAUUGACGACAAUAAUGGCGGCCAUUUUGAACUUUGUGCCCAGUUUGGUUCUUGUAUCCACAUGUGAACCAAAGUAUUCAGUUAUCUGCUACACUAUAAAAAGUUCACUGAAAAAAAGGAAAGUUACCCUGCAGCUGCUGAAAGAUGUAGAUAAGUGGUUGGAAAAUUUUAUAUUUUCUGUCAGCUAGUAGAAAUCUCUCACCAAUCAUUGGACUUUUAUUGUUUUAUUGUCAUUUUCUACAUUAAUUCAUCAUUUUUUUAGAUUUACUGAGAAACAUAACUUCUGUUAAUUCCAGCUUGGCCAUAUAUUCAAUAGUUUUCAGCUUUUUAUUUACCUUCCAUAAUGUAUUAACCUUAAAGCUCAAUUCAAAUCCUUAUCCGGUGCUUUGCAUACAUGAUCUCUAAGGUACGACAUCAAUAUGAAGCUAAUUUUACUGCAGAAAAUGUUGCCAAACCUGCUCACUAACACUGUUUUUUAUUGAUCGCAUGCAUCCCAUCCUGCACAAAUCCACUCCGAUGACGUCUGAAAGACAAUUUAACAGAAACAUAAAUCAUGUUGUGACGCAUUCAUCGGGUUUAGCUGCUCUGCUUGUGAAGCUUUAGUUGAUUUUUUGCUCUAUAUUUUGACAUAUUUGCACACGUUUUUUUGCUGCUGUGGCUGGGUGUGAUAACUUUACUAGAGGUGUGUAAUAUUUUAUAUUUUGGUUGAAUACUAAUUAAAUACGGAAACAGCAUCAGGAAUACUGAUACCGCUACUUUAGGCAUUUCUGUGGAUUUCUUCUUUGAAUUAUUUAGUUCAAACUGUACAAAAUACUCUAAGAUAUUAACCUGACAAAUAGAACAAAUUUGUUAAAAAGUGCCAUCAUCGAUAAAUACCAAAAUGAUGGCCAAUUUUCCAUUAAUUUAUUUUAAAAGCAACUCUGUUAACAGUCUUAAGUUUUAACCUUGAUUUGAAGGACCUCUGUGUUUUGGCUGUUUUGUUUGUUCCAGUGAUUUAUAAUCUAACAAACCUGAUACUUUACUAAAGAUAAACACCUGGAUAAGUUUCUCUAGAACUUAUCCGUCCUUUAAAUCUUGAAAUGUUCUUCAGGUAAUAGAAGGCCGACUUUGUAACCGUCUUUAUGUGUCUCAGAAGGUUCAGGUUCAUUCUAGCAUAACUUUACCAGCUUUGUUUUUAUUUGCUCCAUUUUUAAAUCUAAUUCUGUGCUAAUUCACACCUCACCCAUUCACCACUGCAUCUGGUGGAUGAAUGGAUAAUUUAUUAGUUCCCUGAUUUCUCAGUUUGUUUGGUUUCCUGAAACUAACUCAGUCCAGUUAAUCUGUUCAAUCUGUUCAAGUCAAAUCCGUUCCAGAUAUUUUGUUUUUUGUUUAUUUUUGUCACGUCGUGUUUCGAGAUUCUAAUUUAGGAUCUUUGUUUCUGAAUUUUCCGUUUUUUCCAGCAUCUUAUCUUUUCCUUACAGUGUAAUAAAGUCGGUUUGCUCAUCUA